AAACAGUGGGAAACAGUCAUUUGGAGUGACAAGUUGUCAUUUAUGCUGUAUAAAAAAAAUUCAAGCAGAAAGCUCUGGUGCAAAACUAGUGAGAGAUUUGGUACAAAUCACUUUGUCCCAAAGGUGCGAGGAAAUGAUAAAAUGGUUAUGGUCUGGGGGUGUAUCUAG